AUCAUCUUCAAGCACAACAAGUUCCAUCCACCUAGACCUCAAGUCUGCAAAAAUGCCCCCCAAGAAAGUUAAGGCACCCAAGGAGGAGACGACCGUUUCUCUUGGCCCCCAGGUCGCGGAUGGCGAGCUUGUCUUUGGCGUGGCACACAUCUACGCGUCGUUCAACGACACCUUUGUUCACGUCACCGAUCUUUCUGGCAAGGAGACCAUCUCCCGCGUCACCGGUGGUAUGAAGGUCAAGGCCGAUCGUGACGAGUCUUCACCGUACGCUGCCAUGUUGGCCGCGCAGGACGUUGCUACCCGUUGCCGUGAGGUUGGCAUCACUGCCCUCCACAUCAAGCUUCGUGCUACUGGUGGCACUGGCACCAAGACCCCUGGCCCUGGCGCCCAGAGUGCUCUUCGCGCUCUUGCCCGCUCUGGCAUGCGUAUUGGCAGAAUCGAGGACGUCACCCCCGUCCCGACCGACUCCACCCGUCGCAAGGGUGGUCGCCGUGGUCGUCGCCUGUGAACGAGUUUUCUCCACACAAACACGGGAGAAACCAAAAUUGUCUGGUGGAUUGUACUGUACUUUGUUUGAUGAUCAAUAUGUCGCCGCUCGACGCGCAACAAGCUUCGGCUUGUCCCGUGGUCAUGCACUGUUUUGAAUUCACAUUGUCGUGCAUCCU